UGUGGUCGAAAUGCGCUGUCUUCCACCUCUUCUUCCCUUUCGGCUUGAACUUUCCCUUUCGAGCGUUUCAGUAAAAAUUCCUCUCUGUGUAAUAAAAAAAAAAGCCUUCUGAAUAUUUUUGAAGUCUGGCAAGGAGAAAACACGGCUAAUUCAAGUGUUCAGCAGCUGAUUGCUUAACCAUCGUCGAUAUUUUCAGACAGCAAAAAAAAAGCAAAAUGAAGAUGCAGGAGAGAAAUGUAAAAAACGACAAAUCGCAACACGAUUUAUUCGGUCAUAAAAUAUGGCGAAAUAAUUGGUGUCAGUUUCCAGCGAAAAGGAUUAUCCUUUUUACGCCUUCAGAAACCCGUUCGGAAUGUAAACUUAAUCUUCUACACCCAUGAGAAAGACUCUUAAUUUGAUGGCGAUAACAGCGGCGAUAAAGGAAAAAAAAUGUAGACAUCAGCGGCUGUUAAAUUCAGUACGCUGGUUGUUGCUUCUUGGAUUCAAGGUGCAUCGCUUAUUGGCGACGCUGGUCAAGUGGUUUUUCUAUGGGUGGUCGUCCUCGGAGGGUGGGAGGGGGGCGCGCUGAGAGAUAGAGAGGGAGAUGCCGGCGGGGCGGGGGGGGUCCCCUUCUUCUUUGCUUCGUUUCCAGCUGUUGUCUCUCUCUCUCCCUGUUCGGUAUGCUCUGCAGGUCCCCGAACCUCGUAUUUAACGCGAUCUCUUUCUCUCUGUCUCUCUCUCUCUCUCUGUCUCUCUCGCCUUCGCCGUGAGGGGACGUGCGAGUGGUGUGGUGGUCUCCCUGCGGCCGUCUGAACGCAGGCAGGACCCGGACCCGAGCCAGCCCGUGUUUCCCCUCUCCUCGCACUCAGAGGACCAGCCCCGAGUCUGCCAGCUCAGCGCAUGCUUGCAGCUCCGCCCAUACACCAUGGGCAGUCCCGGGCUCCCAGCCAGAGCCUGGCGAACAUCCCCCUGACCCCGGAGACGGCGCGGGACCAGGAGCGCCGCAUCCGCCGCGAGAUCGCCAAUAGCAACGAGCGCCGCCGCAUGCAGAGCAUCAACGCCGGCUUCCAGUCCCUCAAAACGCUCAUCCCGCACAGCGACGGAGAGAAGCUCAGCAAGGCGGCCAUCUUGCAGCAGACGGCGGAGUACAUCUUCUCCCUGGAGCAGGAGAAGACCCGGCUGCUGCAGCAGAACACACAGCUCAAGCGCUUCAUCCAGCAGGAGUUCAGCGGCUCCUCCCCCAAGCGGAGGCGGGCGGAGGAGAAAGACGAGGGGAUUGGUUCCCCCGACAUCCUGGAGGAGGAGAAGGCGGAGGACCUCCGGCGGGAGAUGAUCGAGCUCCGGCAGCAGCUGGACAAGGAGCGCUCGGUCCGCAUGAUGCUGGAAGAACAGGUGCGCACUCUGGACGCUCACCUGUACCCGGAGAAGCUGAAGGUGAUCGCCCAGCAAGUGCAGGAGCAGCACGCGCAGACGCAGACGCAGACGCUGCUCCGGCUGCAGCAGCUGCACGAGCAGCAGGAGAGGGAGCAGACCCCGCACAGUCCGCAGGUCCUGGCCCCUGCCACGCCCCCGGCCCCCACUCACCACCCCACGGUUAUCGUCCCCGCCCCCACGUUGCCUCCCCCGUCCCAUCACGUCACCGUGGUUACCAUGAGCCCAGCCUCCGUCAUCAACACAGUGUCCACGUCACGGCAGAACCUGGACACCAUCGUGCAGGCCAUCCAGCACAUCGAGGGCACGCAGGAGAAGGCCGGCGGGGCAGAGGAGGACCAAAGGAGAGCCGUCAUAGUCAAACCCGGCCGCCUCCCGCCAGACGCCGCCGGCUCAGACACCGCCUCCGACAGCGAGGAGCACGAGGACAGCAUGCAGCCCUGAUCUCGCACACGCACACACAC